CUCCCCUGCAUGACCCCAUCAAUCGGAACCCCAGUGCACUAGCAGCAGUAGGAGAGAAGCAAGUGGCUACUCCUACUCUCUCCCUCCCUCCCUCGCUGAAUUCUCCUACUCCGCUUCUUCUUCGUCUUCCUGCUACCACUACAGCCUCACUCGAUCCCUGGAGCCACAUAUAAGUAGAGUGGUGGUGUCACCAGCCAGCCAAGAUCGAUGACCACCGAGUUCGUCAGGGUGAAGAAGCUCCAUCAGAACGGGAGCUUGAGCAAGAGGAUGGAGCUGCAGCCGGAGCUAUCGCUCGGCCCCACGUGGCCGGCGGCGCCGCCGGGUUUUGCGUCGGCAAAGAGCUCGUCGUCCGAGUCCGACGGCAGCUCCCGGAAGAGGAAGCACUGCGCCUGGGAGGAGCCUCCCGUGUCGCACGCGGGCCUCGAGCUCCAGCUCAACGACCCCGUGCCCUUGGACUGGGAGCAGUGCCUUGACCUGCAAUCUGGAAGGAUGUAUUACCUGAACAGGAAGACCUUGAAGAAGAGCUGGAUCAGGCCACGGGAGCAGAGCGUGAACCUGGACCUCAACAUCUCGACGACCCCGGCGAACGACAGCGGCAGCACCGGCGCUGUUGCUGCUCCCGAAGAGGACGAGCCCAAGAAGCCCGGCACCAUGAGCUCAGGAGGCAACAUGGUGGCAGUGCCGUGCGCCAACUGCCACCUCCUCGUCAUGCUCUGCAAGUCCUUCCCCUCCUGCCCCAACUGCAAGUUCGUGCAGCCGCUGAGGGCGCCCGCGACGACGCAGGCGUCAGUUCAUCGCGGGCUCGACACCGUCAAGCCGCUGGAGACCCUGAGCCUUCUCCACUAG